ACUGGUGAGGAGUAAACAACAGAAGGAGAACCCAACCAGCCUCCUAAAACACUCGGAAGAAGAAGAAGAAAUUAUAUCAUACACUCCUGAGCAACCUGCAGCUUCAGGGGCCUAGAGGUCAUGGUUAUAUGGCCUAUCCAGCUCCCUAAGACACUGCAGGAGGAGGAGGCCGACGCUCGUAUCAUUCCGACGGAGGCUGCUGGAGUUAGUUCCCAGCAACCCAUGUAACCACAGUUUCCGAGAGGGAGAGAAGACGGUGUGAUGCUGUGCUGUAGAGUGCAAAUAUAAUGCCUGGAGACAGCAGACCCAUGGAGCAACAACCUGAAUGAUGUGCUUGACCUGCCACGCCACAUCGUCUUUAGUUAGCACCACCACCACCUCCACUUCCACCACCACCUGCCAACACACUGCCCUCCACCAUGAACAAGCUGAAGCUACAGAGCCACCAGAAAAACUACAGGGAGGAGGACCUGCUGGUCAAUGUGAAGGACUUGGGGCCGGACGUGAAGGCUGGCGAUGUCAUCGAGAUCUACCACCCUGAGGAUGACCUGCCGCGCCUCCUCCUGAAGAUUCCCUCCACCCUGGAGGACAUCAACCUGCAGAAAGACACCAUCAGCAUUGAGCAGAGCAUCGCCGCCACCUUCCAGCUGCGUAACUACAAGGAUGUAAUUGUGAACACCGUGGAGCCCAAGGCAGUGGAGCUGGAGUUGGUGGAGCUGACCUUCAAGGACCAGUACCUCGGCCGCUCAGACAUGUGGAGACUCAAGAUGCACCUCGCAAACUCAGUCGUGUACCUCAACAAGAAGAUAGAGUUCUGUACCAGCAGCAUACGCUCGCAGGUGUACGAGAUGUGGGCCCAGGGCGGCAAGGUGGCCUGCGGAGUGGUCACCGACAGCACUAAGGUGGUGUACCGCUCCUCCACCAGCAUGGUCUACCUCUUCAUCCAGAUGAGCUCCGAGAUGUGGGACUUCGAUCUCUACGGUGACCUCUACUUUGAGAAGGCAGUCAAUGGCUUCCUCUCAGAGCUGUUUUUCAAGUGGAAGAAGGAAGGCAGCAACCACGACGUGACCAUUGUGUUGUUCUCCCGCACCUACUACAAGGCCUCCAGCAUAGACGAGUUCCCCUCCUACAUGCGGGAGUGCCUGCAGGAGGACUACAAGGGAAGGUUCUAUGAGGACUUCUACAGAGUUGCGGUGCAGAAUGAACGCUACGACGACUGGUCCCCAACACUGACACGUCUGCGCCGCAUGUUCAACAAUUACCUGCCCAGCGUCCUGCACCACCACCGCCAGCCGGGGGUGUCCGUGCCCGAGGCUGUCAACUCAUCAGCCUCGCAGGGAAACUUUCUCGAGGUCCUCAACAUAUCACUCAAUGUGUUUGAGAAGCACUACCUGGAUCGUAGCUUUGACCGCACUGGGCAGGUAUCUGUGGUGGUGACUCCUGGUGUGGGGGUGUUUGAGGUGGACCGGGAGCUCACCAACAUCACCAAACAACGCAUCAUCGACAAUGGUGUUGGCUCUGACCUUGUGUGUGUCGGGGAGCAGCCCCUGCAUGCUGUGCCCCUGCUGAAGUUCCACAACAAGAAGGGCGGUGUGAACGCAGAUGACUACAGCAUGCCACACACCUGGAUCAACCUCAGCUUCUACUCAGCCAAGAAGAAGCUGGGCUACGGCACCUUCACGCCGCGCAUCAAGCUGCCGCCUGAGAAGCUCAAGUCAGCACGGCGGGAGCGGCAGGACUGCCUGGCCUCAGCGCCCUGUAUGAAGCCAGCUCUCCAGGACACUGCGCUGCCCAACUCCAUCUUUGACUACGACACUUAUGAUGCGCAGGUCUUCAGGUUGCCAAGCAGUCACAAUAAUAAGACUUACCGCAGCCUGCAGCGCACCACCACAAGGAAGAAAAACAUCCCCGGGCAGCCACCAACCUCCACCUCAGUGCAGCCACUCACUAGGGUCAGCCUCCACCGCAAGCUGUCCGACCCUGACCUCUACAGUGGCAUGGAGCAGAUAUCCAGUUCCCUGGUGGCCAUUGGGACAUCAGUGAGCUCAGUGAUGGACAAGACACCGGCCAUCAACAUUCCCGCUCGCAUCACUGAGAACAAGACGUACUCACAGUCCUUUGGGGCCCUCAAUGUUGAAGGAGUACAGCGUCCACGCACACAGGCUCUGUAUGAGGGGGAGGAGACGUCCCCGUCACACUCCAUCAAGGUGGGCUCCUCUAAUGGCGCCUCCCCCUGCGAGAGGACACAGCUGACCAAGAACAAGCCCGUGAGCACCCAUCGGCCAGGGAGGUCACUCAUCAACCCCUUUGACCCCUCACAUGUGACCAUCAAGCUGACCUCAAACCGAAGGAGGUGGAUACACAUCUUUCCCAAAGACCAGACCGGCGUACUGAUCCAGCAGCACCACUACCAAGUCAACACCAGCAGGGUAAGAGAACAGCCAUCACCACUGCUUCUGGACAGACCCUCCUCCUCCUUCUCCUCCUCCCUCCCACUACCUCCUCCUCCACCUUGCUCCUCCUCCUCCUCCUCCUUCCAUCUCCCUCCUUCUCUUCCUCCUCCACUUCACUCCUUUCCCCUCCUCCUCCCCCACCUCGCUCUUCCUCCUCCACCUCGCUCCUCCUCUUCCUUCCUUCUCCCUCCUUCUCUUCCUCCUCCACUUCACUCCUUUCCCCUCCUCCUCCACUUCACUCCUUUCCCCUCCUCCUCCACUUCACUCCUUUCCCCUCCUCCUCCACUUCACUCCUUUCCCCUCCUCCUCCUCCUCCUCGUUCCUCCCCAUCACCCCUCCCGUCAUGCAGGAGUGGACUGGAAGAGCCUCACGCUGCCUGCCUGCCUUCCCAUCACCACGGACUACUUCCCCGAGGACCAGAGUCUGCACAACGACUACGUGGUCGCCGACUAUAACCUGCUGGUGGACGAGCCCGAUGAGUCCGUCCGCAGACCCCUCACCACCAAGAUGGUCUUCCUCGAACUGGUCUCGCAACGACUGGCACAGGGCUUCCAGAUGAUCAUGCUGGGGGAGAGGGCUGGUGUCGGGGGUGCUGUGGCUGGGGAGCUGGGGGCCGGGGGAACAGCUGGCUACUCUGGGGUCGGGUCUUUCAUCAGGAACCGCAGCCGCACCCACCACCACACCGUGACGCAGGAAUACAGACUCUCCAUCGGGCGCAUCUUCCACAAAAUCCUUCUCUACGGGUCGACCAUCACCGUCACCAUCUACAGGCCCAGACACCCAUACCCCCAGCUGAAGCGUCAGUACAAGUAUCGUUUCCGAGCACCUGAGAUGAGCAGCUACGAGGUGUCUUGGGUCGACUUUCGCACGGAGCGACUCGAGACUUACAUGUGGAACCACCUUGACAACUACAUCUGCUUCCGGGGGGAGUCGCCUGAUUACCCACUUAUAGAUCCCCUCAAGUUCUGGCGUUUCCGAGUCCUGCUGGUGGGGGACUGUUUCCGAGUGGCCACACGCUCCAUCCAGGAGACCGAAGGGCUGACGGACAUCUACAGGAAACCACCCCUGGAGGAUCAGCAGGAGACAAUAGAAGGGUUCCUCAGGUUUAUUGAGAUCACUGUGCAUCGCCUCAAGAAGCCCGUCAACGCUCGCAAGUCCCGGAAGGUGGGGGGAGGGGGUGCCAAGGGUGGGAGGGUGUUUGGGCGCCGGCACAGUCUGGCGGCGCCCACCCUCCUCCCCUUCACCACCACCGCCACCACCACCACCAUCACCACGCCCUUCACUGCCGGCGCUGCUGCAGGGCCCAGCAGCCAGAACGUGGGUGGCAUCCGAGAGCGUCUGGGGAGUAACCGAGUGCUAGAGCGACCUCGACCCCACACUGGCACCAGGCCCUCGGAGCGGCUGCGCUUUGAGAGCGGCGGAGGGCGGGAGGUUCACACAGACACGCCAGAGAUGAAGAGCUUGUUAGAGCCAGAGGAGGAGGCCAAGGAGGAGGGAGAGAGCAAGAAGCUGGCCCUGGGCUCAUCACUGGCAGAGAUUGCCGAGGCGAUGAGGGACCCCGUGAAGGGCGUGUGCCUCCUGCAGCGCCAGCCCUGCCUGCCGGCCCUCACCUUCGUGGCCGGCGAUGCCACCGCCUGGGUGUGUGACCAUGUGGAGGGAGCUGCCUCAGAGGUGGCAGCCGUGGAACUGCUGCAGAAAAUGUUGAAGAGUGAGCUGCUCUGCCACGCAUCAGGUGACCGCCACCACCCCUUCAUCCACGGCUUCUUCCUCUACUUCCUCGUCACAGGAAACAAAGAGCAAGACCAGGUGACCCUCGACCCCCUGACCUUCCGCGAUGAAUGGCAUGAAGUGGAGGUGGAGCCGCUGCCCUCACCGCCCCGCCAGGCCCCCGCAGCACCCCCGCCCUGCCCCACCUUCCUCCAGCCUGACCUGCCCAUUCCUACACCAUGCCGGGGACGAUUCAAGCUGUACCGGACUGGGCACCUGGACCUGGACUGCAACAACCGUAGUGACCGGAUUGAGUGGGGCCACAUCAAGUACCACUCAGUGUUCAGACCUCAGCAGGCGUACGAGAUGAUUGUCCAGUGGCUGUGUGCAACGGGGACCAUCGUGACAGACCUGAUGGUUACGUGGCAGCGGAAGGCCCAGGCGUGUGGUCUCCACUUGUUCCCUGUGCCCAGCGACCCCUUCGCCCUGCCCUACUCCUGCAACUCUGACCCCCUGCGUGGCCCCAUCCUAGUGCCACUCAGUGUGUCCUGCCUGGCCCUGCCCGGCCAUGAACCCUUCGCACAGUUCCCAGCAGACUCCUGGGGCCGCCGCAUGCACCUCUUCCAGGAGGCCAUUCUGGAGCGGUUUGGGUUUGUGCCUUAUGUGACGGACGCACACAGCACCGACCCCAACCAGUUUGUCCAUGUCACUGGCAACAUGUUCGUGAUGAUCCACUCCCCUGGCUCUUGCACGCUGCCAUACACCCCAGAGGCCAACACUCGGCCUCGCACCUACUCGGCCACCAUGCCUCUCACACAGGCUGACUUCCACUAUGGAGUGUCCAGUCCACACGUGGAGUAUUUCCACCGCUUGAUCGCUGACUUGUAUUCCCACGAGAUCAGCGAACACCAGCCUGGCUUCCUAUGGACAUUCAACUACAUGCUGACACGACGCUGGAAGGUUCCACAGAUCUCCGGAGACGAGGUAUUGGCUGAGCGGAUGCUGCACGAUUUCAGGCUAUUCUGCGCCAACGACCGGAGCCGCCUCAGGGAAUUUUGGGACUCGCACCUUCCGCUCCUCUCACCACCAUCGCCUGCCACUACUGAUGAUCUUAUAAAUGAACCUUAGUGUCAUGGCGUUUGAAGCGGGAGUAAGGAAUGGGGUAGUAGUUGUGAUGGUGAUAAAGGAUGCUCUGUGCUGGAGGACGGCUGUGCUUUGUAAACUGUGGUGUUGAUAAGUCUCAUUAAAGUUUUCUGUAGAGCAUCUGUAUAUUCCUGAUGAGUUAUGGUAACACUUGCAGGGUUUGUUAGUCAGAAGCCACAUUGUAUACUUGCUUUACAGUGUUAAAUGCUCAAUAGUGUGUGUAAGCGUGUGUGUGAGAGAAAUAUUCUUGUUUGGCUUGCCUUUAAACCAUUAUACAGUGACUUGCUGACAAAGAAACAUAUAUUUUUAAGGACAUGCAUUAAAAACAAUAUAAUUUGAGACAUAAUGAAAUAUGAUGAAAGAAAUAAGUUUUCAAGGAUCUACCCAUCAAAUCCAAGAUAAUGCAGACCUUAAAAUAUGAUUUUAAACCUUGUGAAAAAGUUUUGAAGCACUAAAAAUUGAAGAUAACUUGUAAAAUGUGGUGGAUAUCAUGUUCCAUUGAUGAAGAAUGUACAUUCAAAUUCAUAUAUAUAUAUAUAUAUAUAUAUAUAUAUAUAUAUAUAUAUAUAUAUAUAUAUAUAUAUAUAUAUAUAUAUAUAUAUAUAUAUAUAUAAAAAUUAUAAAGGAUCCAAGAUAUAUGAGAUGAUUAUGGUGGAGCUAAUGUAUGCCUACCCUAUACGUUAUUAGUGUGAGAGGUGAUGCAUAAUAUUGCAUGCAGACUGUUGGCUCCCUAAGGCUGGCAAGUUUUGCUUGUUCCAGAAUGUCGCCACUCAUAUGUGUGGCUGUUGUCUGGCUGUGGUAUAUAACUUGCCAUCACUGCGAUGCUGUCAUAUUUUUAUAUUUAUCAAAAUAUUAAAUUCUUGAAGAAAA